UAUUGUUUCACAGCAAAAUCUGAAUAAAAUUAAUUGAUGAUUAUUAAAUUUGUAGAAAAAUUAUAGUCUUUAUCAGAGACUAAUUUUUUUUUCUGUGACGUAAAAAGACUGAAUUCACCGUAAAUUUUAGAAUAAUACUACUGGUCAUGAUGUAAAUUCAUUCUAUUAUUUAAUUAAAAAAUGUUGGUUCAUAAUAUUUUGCUCUAAACUAUCCCACGGUAAAUUAAUAGUUCUAAAUAUAAUGUUUAAACUUUGAAUUCCAUGUAAUAAAAAUAUCAAUCAGAUUUAUGAAAUCUGAGAGUUAUUAAUUUUAUUUUUUAAUUUUCAAAAUCUUGUGUAUUCAGUUUGUAUAAGCUGAAAUAGCAACGAAUCAUUCGUCUUGUACCUCAUUUUCUCUCGAAUUUAGUCUUGGAUUCUGCUUAAUUAGGCUCGGGAACUGUCGAUUUUUACUUAGUGUUGCAUAUAGUUUUGUAAGGGAUGUAUUAGUAAUUAUGCGUAUGUAAGUAGCUGCUGUAAUAAAGUUAAGAGAGCUGAUGGCGAUGCUGUAGAUCGUUACCAAUUUCAGUGGCGUACCGCAACGCCACUUCUUAUACUACUUCUCAUUGGAAAAGUUUAGUUCUCGUGGCCAGCACUGACAACUAGACUAUAGUGUCAGAUUUCAGUUCAUAACCAUAAUUGACCCCGCUCUGCCACACAGAGCGGAUGAGCGAUAAUAUUUUUUCACCAAGGAUUGAUAUACAUCGAGAAUACCAAGUGAAUGAGUGCAUUCCAGUUUAAAAGCGACAUUCAGUUAAAUCUACGUUUUGCUUAAAUGAUGUUAGGAGUUCGUGACGAUAACUAAGAGUUCUCAUUCAGAAGAAAUUCCAACGUUCGGCUUGAUACGACGCGUUUCGGUUUGGUUAUUCUUGAUCAUUUUUUAACUAUAAAUAAAUUGACCGAUUUCCCUUGAAAGAACGCCCACCACUAUGUACGACGAGGAAGAUCCAGGUCCAUCGGAAGACUUCCGGGAUUUAUCUAUUACACCGAAUGUCGACGAUUUAUAUGGGCCACCACCAUUUCUGAGACCUAUUCAAAAUAAGGAACCUUAUGACUCAGUCGAGCACUACCUGGAUGUACAGUUCCGCUUAUUAAGGGAAGAUUUUUUUCAACCUCUGCGAAAUGGUUUACGCGAUUAUAUAGAGGCAGAUAAAAAAAAAUUUCGCAGCUCCGACGUUCGCUUGUAUACGAAAGUCAAAUUGCUUUUGCCUGAUUACGAUAAGAGUGGAGAAAUGGGAAUCAAGCUAUUUUUUGGUAAAAAUCCAAAUUCGAAAAUCGACUGGAAAACUUCGAAAAGAUUUAUGUACCAUGGUUUACUGAUGCUAAGUCACGAUAAUUUCCAGAGUAUUUUAUUUGCCACAGUAAUCGAGAGAGAUAUAAAAAUGCUUCAAAAUGGCUUCGUUCUAGUUGAACCGAGCUUCGAAGAGGAUCAAGUGGCUCCAGCUAUGUAUAAACAUGAAUAUGUUAUGUUGGAGUCAAAAGUAUAUUUUGAGCCGUACCUAGAGGUUCUCAAAGCAUUGCAACGUUUUAAUAAGCACAAUUUUCCAAUGAUACGACAUUUAGUAGACGCUACAUCGAGAUCAUUUUUACCUUAUUACCUUUCUAACAUUGAUCAUUUAAAUUAUAACCGAAUGUCAUUGCCGAUUGGUCAAAAGCCGUGGCCGACUCCUAGACAGUUGAAAUUUGAUGAAUCGCAGUUCAAGGCAUUUAAACAUGCUCUUACAGAAGAGUUGGCAAUCAUUCAAGGACCUCCAGGUACCGGGAAAACGUUUAUUGCUUUAGAAAUUGUAAGAACCUUAAUUCAGAAUAAAAAAUUAUGGAGAUAUCAAGGACCUCUUCUGGUUGUGUGCUAUACUAAUCACGCCUUAGAUCAGUUUUUAGAAGGAAUCAUUAGUACUACUAAAUCUAUUGUAAGAAUAGGAAGUAAAUGUAAAACUGAAGCAUUGCAGCCUUAUACAUUGCAAAGUAGGAGAGAAAAAACUCCGUUUAAGGAUCGAUCAGAAGAGUACAAUAACAAUAGACAAGAAUGGUUUAAUACUAAAAGAGAACUACAAUCACUUAUGACCGAAAUAGCUGAAGUAAAUGCAGAUAUCAAAUAUUUAUCUACUCUCAAUUCAAUUUUGCCUAAACAAUUUCUUAUGCAAUGGAGCAAUGACAGAUAUCUGCAAUCAUUCCCAACGAAUGAACACCUGAUAUCUUGGUUAUGCAAUGAUACAUUACCAAACGUUUUUAGAGCUGAACUGAGCAGGAGACAAACAAAAUUAGCAGAUCCUGGCGCCUAUGUACAUGAACAUGAAGAAUAUGAACCAAUUUACAUUGACAAUAGCAAUCUAGAACCGAUUUUUCCGUUAGAUAUUAUUAAUGAGCGAUUGACAAGUAUAGACAGGGAAUUAUUUUUUGCCCCAAAAAAAUAUGACGAAGAUUCACUUCCAUACAUCAGAUCUUUACUCACAGAAGAAAAACUAGAAUUGAAUUCUAUUCAACAAUUUUUAAAACAUCAAUUUAAUUUGAACCCAGCACUCCAACAAAGUGAAUACAAACCAAUUGAAAACCAACGGUGGAGAACAUACUGGACCUGGGUAAAGCGUAGCUACAAUAAUGCCUUGGAUUAUCUGACCAAAUUAGAAUUGGAAAUUCGGGAAAAGCGAGCAGAACUGAAUGACUUGAGACAAAUAGUCGAUUUGGAUGUAUUGAAAGAAUAUGAUAUUGUUGGACUCACUACUACAGCUGCUGCUAGAUUACAAUCUACUUUGCGUAAAUUAAAAUCUCCAAUCGUGUUGGUUGAAGAAGCCGCUGAAAUUUUUGAAGCCCACGUUCUUUGCACUUUGACCAAUCACUGUCGGCAUUUGAUAAUGAUAGGCGAUCACAAGCAAUUACGACCGAAACCUGCAGUUUAUGAACUUGGCAUCAAGUACAAAUUAAAUCUGUCACUUUUUGAGAGGAUGGUCAAUAUUCGUGGUAAUUGUAAUCAACUCUCACAUCAACAUCGGAUGCGACCAGAGAUUUCAAAAUUGAUAACUCCAUCAAUAUACAAUACGCUUUACGAUCAUAUUUCCGUAAAAGGUCGACCAAAUAUAAAAGGUAUGGUAAAAAAUUUAUUUUUUUUACAUCAUUCAAAUCACGAAAAGAUCUCCACCCACGAAGACAGUUGGUCUAAUGAGCAUGAAGCAAAAUUUUUAAUUGCCUUUGCCGAUUAUCUGGUUAAACAAGAAUAUUCAACAAAGGAUAUCACUGUUCUCUGUACUUAUACAGGGCAAAUGUUUGCUCUUAGACAAGAAAUACAAAAUUACAGUAAUUUGAAAGAUUUAUACGUGACUACUGUAGACAAUUUUCAAGGAGAAGAAAAUAAAAUUAUUCUAUUAUCUCUUGUUCGCAACAAUGACAUGGGAAAUAUUGGGUUUCUCAAAGAAGAAAAUCGAGUUUGCGUUGCUUUAUCUCGGGCUCGAGAUGGAAUGUACAUUAUGGGGAACAUGAAUGAUCUUCUGGUUAAAAAUAAUAUCUGGCCAAAAAUCAAGCAGGCUUUAAUUGAACAAAACGCCUAUGGUGAAAACUUGCAAGUUCGCUGUCAAAUCCAUGCUGAUCAAACAACUUUAGUUAAAGCUGCUUAUGAUUUUAAAAAGUGUCCAUUGGGCGGAUGCUUAGAACAGUGCAAUACCGAUUUAUCUUGUGGUCACGUUUGUACUGAAAUUUGUCAUGUAUUUGAUCGAGCGCACAAACUAUACAAAUGUCCUAGAAAAUGUAAAAAAGCAUGCCCCAAUAAUCACCCAUGCCCAUUAGAUUGUUGGGAAAAAUGCCCACCAUGUCAAGUUAGAGUUGAAAGAUGUAUUGUAAAAUGUGACCAUACUGUGAAAAUGAAAUGUAGUGAUGACGUCUCAAAGUUUCGUUGUUAUAUACAGGCCCCGGCGAUAUUACCAGAUUGUCACCACGAAGUUCAAAAACCUUGCUUCAUUUCAGUUGAUAAAUAUAAAUGUCCAAUUCCAUGUGACAAUCGUUUGCCUUGUGGUCAUGCAUGCUCUUUGUGUUGUCAUGUCACAAAUGAUCCAGAUCAUUUAGAGUAUAAAUGUACCAAACCAUGUGCUAAAACUUUCGAAAAUUGCAACGAUAAUCAUCCUUGCAAUAAAAAAUGUUUUGAAGAGUGUGGCCAAUGCACCAUAUCAGUAUCUAAAAAGCGAUCUUGCGGACAUUUUUAUAAAAAUAUUCCAUGCUCAACAAAUCUUGAAAAUAUUGCUUGUCAAAAAAACUGUCAACGUAAACUUAAUUGCAAUCAUCAAUGCCGAUUAUUAUGCCAUGAAGAUUGCAAAUGUCAUCAGAUGGUUUUUAAAAAGAGCUCUUGUGGGCAUCUAUUAAAAUUGAAGUGCUUCGAAGAAGCAGAAUCCACCAAAUGCAAUGAAAUGUGUAAAAAAAAAUUAGAUACUUGCCAACACCCAUGCAGAAAUAGGUGUAAGGAUCCAUGUACAUUGAAAUGUCAGUUUUUACAAAAACUUGAAAUCCCUGGUUUAUGUGGACACCCUAUGGUAAUUCCAUGCCAUCUUCAAAAAAAUGAUGACUUGAAAUUAAAACAACUAACUGCAUUAAAAUACUGUGAACAACCUUGUGACGAAUUGUUAGAAUGUGGUCACAAAUGUAAAGGGACAUGUAGUCAAUGCAACCAAGGACGCAUUCACAUAUCUUGCCAAGAGAAUUGUCCGAAUAUUCUCAUUUGUGGUCAUUCAUGCCAGAUACCUUGUCGAUUUGAAUGUCAACCUUGCAAUAAACCGUGUGAAGUUAAAUGUAAACAUAGUAAAUGUAACAAAAAAUGCGGUGCUCCAUGUGUGUCUUGUAAGGAAAAAUGUAAUUGGGGUUGUAAGCACAGAAAAUGUACUAAGAGAUGUGGGCAGCUUUGCAAUGUGGAACCCUGUAUGGAACCUUGCGACAGAAAAUUACAAUGUGGACAUCCAUGUGUUGGUUUCUGCGGAGAUCCUUGUCCUCCGCUGUGUCGUGUAUGCAACAAAGAAGAAUUAGAAACAAUACUUUUUGGUAAAGAAGAUGAACCAGAUGCGAGAUUCGUGUUUUUGGAAGAUUGUAACCAUUGUAUAGAAAGUGAAGCCCUUAUGCGAUUUAUGCAAACGUGCGAUUCUGAAAUUACAUUAAAAGUGUGCCCACGUUGUAAAACACCCAUUAAGAGUUGUAUGCGCAUUAUGAAUUACGUAAAAACCCAUCUUCAGGAUGUUAUUACUGUAAAACGUAAAUUUUUUCAUAAUGACGAUAAAAGUUUGAAGAAUUUGCAAUUGGAAAUUUAUGAAAAGUUGCAAUCAUUAGAAUAUCAUCACAAUUUGAGAAAUAUGAAAGAAUGGAAGAAUCUUAUAGCUUCUAUGAAACCUAGGGCUUGUACUCAACGAAGGGGGGGAAGAAGAGGGUACAGUCAUAGAAUUCAAGAAUUAAGUUCUCCAGAAAUCAAUUCAUUUGGAGCCCAAGUGAAUAUACUUUAUCAAAUAGUUAAUAUACUGUCUACAAUCGAAGAUAAAGGUUUGAAUGAUCCCAUACAACAUCAGGUUUUACUUAUAGUUGAUGCUAUACCUGAAAAUUGGGUUACAACAAAACAAAUUCUAAAUGAUAUACAGCGAGAACUAAGACGCCUUGAAUACAUGGUCAAAAUUUAUAGUAUUGACUACUUAGAAAAUAAAAAAUUUGAUAUCGCUAAAGAAAAGCUAUCAAGUAUUCAAAAAUUCACACCGGAGUUUGAAAAAGAAUUUUUAUCAGGCGUUCAAGAUGAAUUGGAACAAUUAGCGGAACGAAAAAUGAUAUUUAAAGCCAUGGCUCGGGAAAUCAAACUGGGAGCAUGGUACAAAUGUCCUAAUGGUCACAUUUACUCGAUUGGGGAGUGCGGCCAGGCUAUGCAAGAGAGCAAGUGUCCGGAUUGUGGCAGUAGAAUUGGAGGUUCCAAUCAUCUCAUUACUGUGGGUAAUACGGUAGCAACUGAAAUGCAUCCAAGCCAAUUUUGAAAAUAAUAAAUAAAUAUUCAGCAUAUGCUUUUAUCUUACAAUUUGAAUUUCAAAUGUUUAACUUAUACGUUCAUAUUUAUAUUACAGUUUUUUUUCAUCCUAAUUGUUGAUGUGCCAUGUAAUCAUAUCAUAAUAUAAAUGAUAAUUGAAAAAAAAUCUUUACUAUAAAUACAAUUUAAACAAUUGUGACAUCCUAUUAAAUAAAGUUGUAUUGUGAAAAUCA